AUGGAGGACCUGCCUCUCUCAGACAUUGUCUCACAACUGAAGUCAUCUAUUAGGGUUAUCGACUCAAUUAAAAAUGAGCAGACCUCUAUACUGCAGCGUAAUAACGCAAAUGACACCAAUGAGUCCGAAAAAUCACCUAAGAUAGAGUCUUUGGAAAACGUCGUUGAAAGGUUACAGCGCGCCUUCGAAGAUGGCACGGUAUUGUAAAAUUUAUACUUACAAACCGUUUCAGGAGUUGCUAGUUGUGUCCGAGUACGUCCAGAGUGCCGAAGCUGAGAAACAGAAACUGCGUACGCAGACGAAGCGUCUCUUCCACGAAAAUACCUGGUUAAGAGAGGAGCUUGCGGCACUUCAAGGUCUCCAUCGGCAAAGUGAAGCCACAAUUGCCCAAUUAGAAGAGACGAUCAACCAGUUGAAGUUUGCGAAUGAGAUGCAGAAGUACGACGUUCCCGGCAAUCAGGAUUCCGGAGCUCUUGGUAAUGGAGCCGCGAAGGACGACAAUGCUCUAAACAUUGACGAUAAAGAUGAUGCUGAACAAGAUGGUAGCUUAUAUCUUGCUCAGUAUGCUUAUUGCAGGAAUGAGUUCGAGCCAGACGACAGUUAUGUCGCAGAUAAUCAACAGCUACGAAAUACCGGCUAGGCUAAGGACCCUGCAUAAUCUUGUCAUACAGUACGCAAGUGAAGGCAGAUACGAGGUUGCUGUUCCUCUCUGCAAACAAGCCCUUGACGACUUAGAAAAAUCAAGUGGGAGAGACCAUCCUGAUGUCGCCACCAUGCUGAACAUUCUUGCAUUGGUAUACAGGUAAUCUCGUUUUAGUCCCUUUCUGACAUGAACUAGAGAUCAGUGCAAGUUUAAGGAAGCCGCCAACCUACUGAAUGAGGCCUUAGUAAUCCGAGAGAAGCAUUUGGGCCCAGAUCACCCCGCUGUAUGUCUUCAUUGUUCUCAUUAUCACUUCUAAGGUCGCUGCCACGUUGAAUAACUUGGCUGUUCUCUAUGGAAAACGAGGGAAGUAUAGGGAGGCCGAACCGUUGUGCAAACGUGCGCUAGAAAUCCGCGAGAAGGUUCCAUGUUGUUUUUUUUAUUUUGCUUUUUACUAGGUCCUCGGAUCUGACCACCCAGACGUGGCGAAACAACUGAACAAUCUGGCUCUUCUCUGUCAGAAUCAAGGAAAAUACGAAGAGGUAUUUGCUUUGCAUUCAAACAUACUUUACACUAACUACCCCCACUCAACCUCAUGAAAGUUCGACGCAGUUUAAACCACUAAGUGGUCGCUGAAAACGAUCAGUUAUGGGAUUUCUGAAUUACCCAUCUCCGGUUUCAUAAGUAGCCCACUGCACAAUUUCAGAAGUCAGAAGUAGUUUUAGUCUUUGCAUCGAGUGUGGUGACCUCCUGAACCUUUAUGAUUCUUCAUGCUGACAUCUGUAGAAUACUUAAAUUACUCUUUGCUGUGAGUUUACUUGUUUUCUUCUUACUACUGCUGCUUAGCAACCUACUGCUAUAGGAAACGGACUCAACCAUAUGUAAUUCUGCCAAAAGGGUCGUCCCAGGCGAUUGCCUUUCAGUGAAUUUUUGAGUGCUCCAGCGUUGUCUCCUCCAUUGACGUUCUCUCGUAAACUCGCAUUACCGUACUCCUAGGUCUACGAUUACUUGCGUCGCGCUCAACGCAUUUAUGAGAAUAACAAUCUACCUCAACGGGUCCUAAAAACCCUCACCACCCUGGUGAGCAACUAAGGGCGGUCUUGCCAGACAGUCGCAUGCACACUUCAGUGUAUCUGUGCAUGGUUAGCCGUAGUCCUGCCGAAUCGUGUCCGACUAUAAUUACCUCUACGUAUAUUUGCUAUCCUGCCUUUCCUCCUGUUAACUUUAAGCAGAUCAUGCUUAAUAAUUGCAUGCAAUUUCGACCCAUCCACCUGCAAGCCUUUUUUCGUUUUUUAUCCCCCUUCGCAUACUUUCUGCAUGCGUGUUGUUUAUCUGUGUCGACUGCUUCUCCGCCAUUCGCCUCGUCCACCGUCCACCGUCAACCUUCUCCCUGUUCCUCGCCGUCAACUGUGUCAAGGUGGAACGGUACUACCAACGCGCCCUCGAAAUUUACAUAAGCGCUCUGGGGAUAAAUGACCCCAAUGUCCUCAAGACCAAGAACAACUUGGUAUGUGCACAGACGGGUACUGCAUUGCCAUUUUUGCUUCUGUUGUCAGUAAGUUGACUGAAGUUCAUUCCGCUAGUCAUAUGCGAAUUCCUGACUCAAGGGCAAAGUUGUGGGUUCGAUAAGAAUUGGGGAGUUUGUACACUGAGCAGCAGUUGGCAAACAGAGACCUAGUCUUCAGGUGAAGUAAUUCCAAUGAAUUGCCUGGAAAUCUUUAGCUGACCGUUUAUAUGCUCCUACGUUGCGCUUAGGUUGAGAAGUUUGCGCCUGAUCGCAUGACAGAAGCUAGAAAAGUCGCUACGCAACAACAGUUGUUGUCAGAAUGGCAUUGCCGAAAAAGACAAGGGAGGCCAGUCCCCCAGCCAUUGUUCAAAGAGCACCUUCAACUUUCGGCAGACUCACGACCGCCACGCACUUUCAACAGUGUUCCAAACUGUUUAAGGCUCCUAUGCUACGGGCCUUUGUAAUGAUGCCGAACAAUCAGGAAUGUGCAGAGUUGUUUCAGCUCAGGGACUUGACGAAGUUGAAGCUCGUGUGUGAUGUUAUCUCAUUUAAAGGCCGUAGUUUGUGAACUUUUUAAAGCAGUGCUAAAGGUUGCUGGUCCGUAUGCGGGUAAAUAUUCGGAAAUACUGUUAUAAAUCAGCGAGACUAACCCUGGCCGAGUACCUGUUCAUCUCACCCACUGCGAAGCCCCCAUAUACCCGCAUUUCCUCUGCGUGUUAGGAUGAGGCCGUUCUGGGCGUAUUGCCAAUAGUAUUCCAACAAAACUUGUCUGGGCUUUCUAUUCCGUAACGCUCAUUAUUUAAAAAUUAGUGUAUUCACCUGUUCUGCGAAGGCUACAGCCAAUUCGCGCCUUUGUCGUUAUCAUCUUCCGGGAGACACCAUCCCGUGGGAGAAUAGUCAAGUGUCGAGGGCUCUCAGAAGAUGAGGCCGCACCUUGGGGGAGAGGGGGGGAGGACAUUGUCAUUCUCGACCGGAACCAUCUUGGAAUCUGUCUAGAUUUGUGCCACAGUAAUGUCGGUGGUUAGAAUUAUCCAGCUUAACAUGAUGUUCCCAGCCAGUUACUUGGAUAACAAACCAAAAACGCACCUCGAACAAAGAAACGACUCUUUUAGUGCGGAUUUCCUCCUAAGAAACUAGUUGCCUAUGCGAUUGAACCUUGGUCACAGGACACGCUCUCCUUACUGGCUAGUGCAGGACACAUUUUUGUAGUCCCUAGCACGCUCAACGGCGGAAAUUUUCGUCAUUGCACACGAAUUCAAAUUUCAACCCUCUCCCCCGCCAAUGAAGCCAGUCCUUGUCGCGAUACAAUAACUGCAAAUAACAUCCGCACUACCGCAACAAGCUAGGUCGCUGCUUUGGAAGGAUGACUGGUGUAGUCAAGUGCAGUCAUACACGCUUCAACCAACGGCAGGCGUCCAUACUUGAUUCCAGCGACCAUUUAGUGUAUGCUUCAUCUGGGUCGGUUUUGUGGCACGCCGGAAAUCUCUCAUGGCGCAAUGCCCGACACGCUGCCCAAAACGCAUACCUACACUUCUGAUGCCUAUCUGGAACCUAAGACUAACCCAUAUUCAAGCAGUUGCCCUCCGUCUUAUGUUUGUUACCGGAACGUUUCGGACUAAUGAAGUUGAUGUGUCCUAUGCGCCAGAGCUCAAAGUCUCUUCCCCGCGUAGGUCUUGGAAUUUUAGGUACCGAGUAUGGAUUGGUAUUUUGCGGGUACUCCUGGCAACGUCAGCCUAAUGCGAUCUUAUGCCUCCGCGUCUCUGAAAAAUUGGCGUUAACCUGCGUUGAGUACACGAUUUUACGCUUAAGCGUGUCCGUUAAAUUGCUUCCUAGACUAUCUGAAAAUUGUGUAGAGCUCACCAGAUCAGAGGAUUUGAAUGGCUGACGCUUCAGAGGGCUUGGUCGGCUCUCCAUUAUCGAAGCAUUUUGUGCAAAAAUCGACCAAAAUUUUAAAUAACCGAUCGAAUUGGUUGGCGCUGGGCUGGCCGGUUUCUUUUGCUGCCUUGGCUUUCUGGUCAUUGUUUGUGAACCUUGGCGGCCUCUCGGGUUGUGUCGUCACAUCCAUGGGGGUCGGUUGCACCUGUGCUCCUCUUUCGGGUGAAUUAGUCGACGGGCCGUAUUUGCUCGGUACCUUUAAGCUCCGUGUGACCGCCCUGUCCUGGUCAUGGCGCAUGUAGUGACGCAGGACUUUAUAGGCCGCAGGAAGGUCUAAACGCCUGUCGACGCAAUUGAAAUCUGAGUACCAAGCCUCAAGUGUAAGACGUUCUGUCCUCGAGGUGCUCCGACUUAAGACGGUUUCUCCUUAAAACUCAAAACGAUGGCCAGUUUCUCCGAUGUGAGCCGCAAGCUGUGGUUUCGCGUCUAGUCUCCGAGUUGCCGGUUUGUGCUCGUGUAGGCGCGUCGGAAAUUUCCGUCCGGCUUCCCCAACGUAGUUGCAGUCUCCAUCGCUGCAACCUAUUUGAUAGAUAACUGCUGAGGUUCCACUGCAUGGCAGCGUGUCUUUGGGUUACAUCAAAUGGCGACGAAUUGUUGCCUGCGAUCGAUGGGCAAUACCUACUCUGGAGGGUUUAAAUAGUCGUGAAACCGCCUCGGAGACUCCUUCAAUGCAAAGAAUAGCCUCCAGACUUCGAGUUGCUGUUCUUGCUGCCGUUAUCUGUUCACUCAGCGUCUGCUUUGCUUGAUAAAAUAGCUUGAAUUUACAUUGGGCCUAAAAUUCAGCAUUGUGCCCAAGAGGAUACCCUUUUGGUCGUCCCAUCACAGCAGACCAGUUCGCUUUUUGCCUGGGUAUGCAUUCUAUGCAAGUUGCACGGUCUCUACCCUGAUUAUAUUUUUUAUGUGAGUCCGUUACUGUCGAAACCGGUCCAUUUCCGGAACCAUGCCAAUGGAGGGGUGGACUCUGUCAGCAUGCCUGCUUCCUCACGUUCUGCCACUUCACACUGCAUGCUUUUGUGGUCGUUUUCGCAUGCUGGAUCUACGUAAGGACCUCCAACUACUAAUCUUUCUCGUCACACACCCCGUUCCUUUUCUUUAGGCCUCAGCCUACCUCAAACAGGCCAAGUACGAAGAGGCCGAGGCCCUCUACAAGGAGGUUCUCACUCGGGCCCACGAAGCUGAGUUUGGUAAAAUAUCCGAGUCCAACAAGCCUAUCUGGAUGCUGGCUGAGGACCGCCAGAAUGGCAUUCGCGACGUCACCAACGCCAAUCAGACAUCUCUCCAGCGGCCGGCCAUGUUGGAGAAGUGAGUUUACCUCGUCUUGUGGAAGCAUCUCCUCCCAUACUCCUGCACUCCACCGGUCAUGCCUCUCUCGAUUUUCUUCAUAGUCGUGGACUUGAAAGUUGUCAAACAUUUAGUUCUUUUCAUACUAAUAUUAUUUGCCUCUAAACGCAACCGACUGCGGCUGCCCCUCGAUGUUUGGCAAGGCUGAAUGGCUGAGGACUCGAACUCACACUUCUAGCCAGCGAAUGGUAGGAUGGCACUUGUUGCUAUCUCAGAACGGCAGCAGUGUGAAGCGGAUUAUGGUGAGGAAGACUUGGCGACCCCUUUUCCCACAACCGCCAUGUUCCUGUGGCAGCACCCAAUCCAAUGGGACCAGAUUUGUCACAAGGACUGAUCAGGUAAUGGUCAAAUUCUGCUUCUGUUACGACGCGGCUGGUCUACAUUCACUCGCACACCAAAUCAACGUCGUUGAAGAGACGCAGGCUACUCUCAUCCGCCAGUUAAAGGAGUUGCAGGGGCGGGGCUGCUGAGUUCAGCAAAACCUCGCGAAGCCAUUUAUCGAGACUGGACGCUAGACGGAGGCUAGGCCUUUGGUUCGACUUUCUGUCUAUCUGAGUGCGCACCCCCCUCGGGCUUUCACCCACAAAUCCCCAUAACGUACGCGUGGAAGCAGAACUUAUGGUUGCAUAUUUGUCGUUUAGUAGAUUUUUGACUUAUUAAACAACGUUAGACGCAAUUUUGGUGCAUUGUUACAUAAUGUGUCGACCACUUUUUAAGUCACAGAAAGUUUGUCGACUAAAAGCGUUCCUGCUGACUAUGAUAUCCACAAGUGAACAAAACAGACCAAGGGUUGAUACGUUGCUCUCGCACGGUUGGCUGCGGUUACCGCAUCAACUGUUUUUGACGUGCGUUCAUUUGCCUGGUUGGAGUAAUACUACCGACAAAGGAAGGGAGACUGGAAUGGCCAUUUCUGGCUUACCAACCGUUAUCAGCCGUCCGUACGCAGGUCAAGGUUUUGCAAUCCCUGAGGCUCGAACCCGCGACCUGUUGGUUAAAAGUCCAACGCCCUAACCGUUAAGACACAGGCUCGUUGUCCGGUCGGUUGCGAUCAGGUAUAUUAGCAAGCGCAGAGGGGCGCUCCCGGAUUGUGUUACGGGACAUACUUGUUCCAUUGUGCCCUACGGCCCAAUCUGGAGCCCGCCAGCAGCCGUAUAGCGACUAGUAGUAUAAGCAAAAUAGUAUUCCCGGCAUAUACAAGGGAGACUGGAAUGGUCAUUUCUGACUUAUCAGCCGUAAUGUUACUUUACUUAUUUUACGUGGCGUGCGGCUUUUGGCGGGGCUUGAGGUUGAGCCCUAAGGCACGAUGGUAUGAGUAUGUCCUGUAACGCGAUCAGUGAGCGCCCAUUUACCGCCUGCGUGGUUGUUUAUAAACAGCCACCUCUGCAUCUUCGAACAGACCUCUUGGAGUGGUUGUUAUUGUUGUCGUCGAAACUGUGGCCGUAUUUUUCCAACUUUUUUUUUUUAUUUCUUUUUCUAUAUCAGCCCCACUGUGGCCACAACUCUCCGCAACCUGGGCGCUCUUUACCGUCGGUUGGGCAAAUUCGAGGCGGCCGAGACCAUUGAGGAGUACGCGGGUCGCAGUGGACGGAGCUCCGAAGUAAGAAUGCUUCACUCUGCGUUUCUGUAUACCCUUCUUCCCAGAUUCUCUUGUUGCGACUCACUGUCUUGCCAGUUGAAUGAGACUGUGGUCUUUGUUAGUUAUUUGGGCAUCUGAGUGGGGAUUAGGCUGUGUGUUUGACUUGCAUAGGCGGGCUGUGUAGCCCACACCGUGAGGCACGCGUUAGACAUCGCUUUCGACGGUCGAACCAUCAUUUGGGCUAUUUUCCGUUGUGGAAUUUUUCUGCAAUUCUGUUUUCCUGUCAUCUACUGGCCUUAUAACUUUGUAGACUGUUUGGCCAGGUGACCGAAUCUGGAAAAUUUCGAUACUUGUGUCAUAUCUCUAUAAAACCAUUGAAGUCCGAGGGUUGCGACUAAUGUAAUAGCGCAUUGUCAACAUCAAAUUUUUGAAGGACGCUGUUGUCAAUUGCGACCACAGCGAAAGACAUUGUUGUGCCGAGUGGGCCUCAAGUCUCCCUAAUUUCGCCGGAGUCCUUUCGUGCCUUCUGCAUGAGGUAUGCUGCCGACCUCGCGCACGCACUUAGAAUAUCCUACGCAGCGACCUAUUCAAGUGCAUGAGUCGCCGUCUCCCGUCGACACCUUGUUCGCGCAACACACUGAGGCGAUGGAUCCCGAAGUCGUGUUCGCUCGCCUGGCCGAUCUCAGUCAUACCGAGAGAAAUGGCCGCGCACGUCCUGUUCCCCUACUGUGUACGAACUGGACUUCGAUAAUUCGAAUUUCUCGUCGGUGACAAGUGUCAUGUGCCAUAAAGGCCACAUUAAUAAGGAUUAUUAAUUCCGACGGCUCAAGCUGUUCCCUCAGUUGUUGGGCAAGUCCACGUCUUUUAGUUGAAUCGGGAUAGUCUAACAGUGCGUCAGAUCUGUUGCGGGAAGUGAGGCCUAUGAAGUUUGCAUACUUGUGCUUGUAAGACCGUUCAUCAUAACCGGUUCAGCCCACCGCCGAUUCCCUACAUUCAUCAGGCGGCAGACUCCCGAGCGAAGUCAUGUUGACCCCGCAGACCGCAGAGCCAACACUGCGGUCGAGGUUAGCUCACAUUACGCCAACCCACGCCUAAAAUUGGGCGCAUCGAUGUCGUCGCCAUCUAGGGCCAGGUUUUGGCCAAAAUAACAUCUUCAAUAAUCUUGAAGAAGGAGACACAAUCGCCGGGACAAGAGCUUUAUUAGCCUGACGUUUCGGAUCCCUGCUCGAAUCCAUCAUCAGAGACAACAGCAGAUACGGGUGAUUCACGCACAAGGGGCUGCAAUAUUUUUAGGAUGCAGUCGCCAUGCUACCGCAUACCUAUGUACAUUCCCGGCGCCCUCCUUCAUCCGGGAUCGUUACACUUGGUGUGGGGAGCCGUGAAUGUACAUAGGUAUGCGGUAGCAUGGCGACUGCAUCCUAUAAAUACUGCAGCCCCUUGUGCGUGAAUCAUCCGUAUCUGCUGUUGUCUUUGAGGAUAGAUUCGAACAGGAAUCCGAAACGUCAGGAUAAUAAAGCUCUUGUCCCAGCGAUCGUGCCUCCUUCUUCAAGACUACUUCCUGGGACUCGUCUCUUCGCUUCUAUUGGCAAUCUUCUAUAAUUUCUUCUUGAGGUCGAUAAAGCAAGUGGCCCAACCAUCUCAGUUAGCGAGUACGAAGGGUACAGUUGAUUGGUUCUAAUCGUGAGGGACUGCAUAGUUGUUCUCUGGAGACGCCGUCAGCAAAUAGAGCGUAAACGCUACUGAGCAAACGCAUCCAGGCGGUACAAAUCUGCCGAGCGUACGAGCUAUCCCACCUCUGGACAGAAAAAUUGUCUUCACGGAGGUUUUCCAUAUUCGCAGUCUGGUCUCGUGCUGGCUUGGGGUGGUUUCACGAAAUCGAAAACCACCCGGGCCUGGAAGACUGGACGGUUGAUUCUAUUCUUAGCUUCCUCGUUUGCAAAACCUUUGACUCAGGGUAGUAGAAGCUGUUUGCAAACCUUAGCGCUUCACUGUCCACUUUGACCGGGCGGAGAUCUCCGACUUCAAAGUCCGAUGCUUUUAUCUUUGCUUUGAAAGAAUACGUUUUUAAGCCAUUUCCGCCGCUUCUUCUACAUUUCUGUGAAUGAGCGCGGUAGCAACGCGGUCCAGGUCCACAGUGUACGGACCACGACUGUCCAUGAUGAUGGGUUCGAGUAAGAAUCCGAAACGUCAACCCAAUAGACUUCCUGUUCCAUUGAUCGCAUCUUCUUUUCCCGAACUGCUUCCUUGAAAUCGCCUGUUCGCUUCUAUCAGCAAUGACUGGAGGGCCGUACACUGAGACACGCCUGGAAGCGGCCUGAAGCUCACAUGCAGCAUCGGGGCGUAGAUAGCAACAGUUGCGACAUUGAGCACAGCGCGACAAAGACGCAUAAAUGCGGUCCUCGGUAACAGCGCAUAAGUAAAUCUUUCGCCUCAUCAGUUAGAGCGGUUGUGAUACCACGUGGGCAGGGGUUCUUUGUGGCACCACUGGGGGGUAGAGUAGGAAGUGUUUUUCAGCGUUUAGCUCAGGGAUGUUGUACGAGGUGUGAUCUGACAAGCGCACAUCGCAGGGGCAAUUAAUGGCCACACUGCACUGCGCUAACGCUCCUAUAGCGAGGCUCUGCGUUUCCAACGCAAGAGCAGUUUUUACGUUCAUUAUGCAAUGCUCAGCCUUAUCUUCCUUCCGAAAGACCGACUUGCAUACUUCCAAUGCGGCCAAUCAACAGACGUCCGGACUUGUCAACCUCAGUGUCCAUAUGCUCGAAAUGCUUCGUCCCUAGAAAGUACAAAUGGAAUUGGAGGGCCCUGUUUUGACCGAUCUGACAGCGUUUUGGGAAGCAGUGAAUAACUUAUAUUACCUCAUCGGAAGCCUCACAUUAUGGCGGACGAUGCAUGUGCUAGAGUAGCUUAAACCGCUCUCUUCGAUCUGUUCCGCUCUCAGUCGAACGUUUUUGAUAGCGUUAAUAUACACCGGCCAAUAUACACCCCAAUAAUUUUCCGCAUGCCAGUCUGGGAAAUGAGAUCCGCACAACGAAGCCAUAUAAAAUGUUGUCUCCGUUUUCUGACAUUUAAGAAAACUAUCGUGCAUGCAGUGAGUUAAUGAAUGUUCCAACAUCAGUCUGUCAUAGGCCAAAUAGCUAAUCUCCACAGUCUUUUCGGCCAUGUACUACCCAUGGCUAGAAACUGACCGUUUCGAGCAGGUGUUGGUCAUGACGGUCCGGACUCAACGGUCAAGGGCUCCGAGUGAUGUUUUGUCUAAAGCUUAUUGAUGUAACCGCUGAAGCCUUCCCGGUUAGAUGUCAUCCCGUGCGUUUAUACGGCAUGGUAACUCAUGCUAUCUGACUGUAACCCAGACCUUCUCUCUCCGUGUCUUCCCGUUUUUUUUUCCACAUCUGUGUAGCUACCUCCUAUCCCCCCCCCGCCCACACCAGCCCUUUUUCUGACCUCUGGUCGUUAGCUGAUGAUGCUGGUGACAUUAGAGGGGAGACGACAGUCUGGGGGAGGGGGGGGGGGUAGAUUGAUACAGUACUGUUUCGGGUUUAUUGUGCCUUUAUUCGGCCAAUAAUAACCCUGACCACCAGCUGGGACGGGAAACACAAACAUGCGCACAGACACACCUAGCGCAGCUGGUCCCCCACCAGGGUCUACCAGAUGGGUCAUAAGCACUUCAUCGAACCGAAGUUCAUCAGUGCCUCGCCACCUGCCAUCCUCUGUCGCUGCAGAUCGUUGUGUCUAUGCGCAUGUUUGUGUUUCCGGUCACGGCUGGUGGUCAGAGUUAUGAUUGGCUGAAUGAAGGCAAACAAGCCCGAAACAGUGCUGUAUCAAUAUACCCCCCAGACUCGCGUCUCCCCUCUGCUAUCAUAGCUGGCCGACUUCGGUCUGAUAGGUGGUUGCCUGUUCGUGACCCCCAUCGUCCAUACGAAGCUUGUUUGCUUCGGGAAGCCAAUGGAUCGGUGUGCGCCCAUUUCUGAGUGACUGGUGAUAUUGCUAAUGACUUACAUGUUUUCCUUCUACACGAGUCCAUUACUCCCACUGCUCAAUUUUUCCGAUUUUAAGUUCGCUGGUCUACCCCAAUCUGUACUGUGUACUCCUCUUUUCAGGCCAAUAAACACAAAAGCUCAUUCCCGGUUCGGAAAUAAUCCCAUCGCGUGAGUCUCUCAUACUUAACGAUCUUUUUUCUGAUUAACAUGGUGUCAGAAUGAGUACUAGGGGCUUAACAGAUGUUAAACUGUCCCUUUUUCAAACAUGUUUCCUCAGUGUGGGCCGGAUAGGCAAUUCACCCAGCUGGCUGUUACUUAAGUACACUGCCGACGGAGGGGCAAAUUUGAAAGAACCGUAAGAUAGUGUCAUCGUUUCGUCAGCGCUACCUGACCGUUGGCGAUCAGACCUGUCCUUUAAAAUACGCUUUUGGAGGCGGAACCGGCGUGCUUUGUGGAUCCACCGGUGAGGUCUCCCCCCGAGUUAUCGCAGGUGAUUAAACUGCCAAUGCCCACGCCGUAGGCUUUUGUGCAAUAACCUAUCCAGUCCUGCGCUGUGAGACCGUAGGGGUUUUUGAAGCCUACAGGGCGUUUUGUUGGUAGGUCUUAUAUGAUGAGUUAGUCUUGCCUCUUCGUCCCGUGUGAGAAGCGUGGAGAUCUCAGCCGAGGCAGGACUAUUGAUCGCAUCGAGUUUAUCUGCCUAGUAACGUUGGGCAAUGUCACAGACUCCCGAUACUCCCAUCAUAUCAGACUGGUGUUUUUUUCAAGCGACUUGAGCCUACUGGAUUACAUGGACCUUUGUCUGUCUGUCGCCGUUGGCGCCCACGUAAUGUCUACUGAGAGGGCCGCACUUAUAUCGCACCAGGAGACUGCUACAUGGAAGGGAAACCAGGCUCUCUGCAACUAUUGGCAUACACAAACUAGUGGUGUUCUAAUCGCCCCCCCCCCCCUUUGCUUUAAUUACCCAUACCGUCUUCCGUCGGCAACCACUGAUUGGUCCACUUAUUCAGACACUACUCAGGUCCUUCAUUGAGUAGGUUACCUGUUUUAGAGGUGACUGGUCGGUGAGAACCGGUGCUUUCUACGUGGUAUGGUGGCUUUAAGGUUAGUGCGCGUCUGCUUUGUCAUUAUUCAACAAACCAUAGCCCUCGCAGCCUGGUGUGCGCUGGCAGUUUUCGGGCACCUGGUUCCCUGACGGUAGAUGCGAUUGCGCUUUCGCUGGGUUAUGCAGGCCGUGUGAUUGGUUGCCCAGUAGCUUGUUUCAUCCUCUCCUACUUUUUGACCCAUUUUUGUUGUUGGCUAAAAUCCUGAUCAAGUGUUUGUUGUGGACCAGGGAGAGUAGUGGUGGGCGUAGGUGCGGGUCCGGCCGUGCCGGCCACCUGCGCCCCCUCCUGCACCUGGUCUUCUUGACUAUGCCUUGACGCCGGGCCCAGGUCGGGGAGGAGAGAGUGCGGUAAAUGUUGCACAAGUCACUGUGCCUACUCUUACCUGGCUGUGGAGCACACGGUGGACACCAUCGGACGCGACGGCCGAACUAUAAGGUUACCUGUAAGAGAGUGGAUUGGCCGGUGUUUGGCACGGUAUGCUAUGCGUCAUGCAGAAUGGAAGAGGCCGACUAGUCGCGGUGCAGUGGCAUGCAUAAGACUUGCGUCGCCCCACGAAAGAGCCCGACCGAUUAGACCGCCUUAUUAUGAAAGUCAUGAUUCGCCCAUUCGAAGCCAAAGACAGUCAUGUAACUCCAUUUGUAGCAUCGCCAUGGUCCGAAUAUUACCUGUUUCCCGAUAGCUUGUUUCAAUCGUUGUCGUGUUGGUGGGUCCUCGGGUCUUGCUUUUAUACCUUCAGCCAGGCCUAAAUAUGGUCUGGUUUUCUGACCAGUUGCAAGAGGAGCUCCUUCUCCGGUUGACUGUGGCAUGCGGCUGAUAUGGGCUGGCUGGACAGGAGAGAGGGAGACUGACCCAACGACGCGAUUACAGCGUAUACUGUGUGAUCACUGCGGACGGUCUGACGUGCUUUAAUCCAUCACAAUGAGCCAGGAAUCACGGCCUACAAGGCUGCCAAUAAACGAAGUAGGUCGUUCCUUCACUGGAUUGAGGGUUCUGGCUACCUGGUUUACCUGAGAUCCGAGAUCCUCAUAGUUGAAGUCUGACACUGUUGUUCACAGGCACCAGGGCAUCUGCGACCCGCGUGCUCCCCAGUUAGUCACUUCAGCCGCUGAGCCCACCCCCCCCUCCCACCUCCAGUCGUCCUGACUUUGCUUUGCCACGGUGUCGUAAUCGGUAUGAGACAUGGGUGUCAAUUCACACACAAGUCACUGGUCUCUGUCCCGGCAGUGUCAGCGCCCGUUUUGUUCGCAAGACGUGUUCUAAAUAUUUCAUGGGGCAAAUAGGUCUACGUAUGCCUUCCUUACCUCCGGCACUGUGUAUCUGUGGAAGCGAUCCAAGUCGAAACGGGGGAGGGGAGUGCCAUCGAGUAGUGACAGGAGACGCUGUAGACGCGUAGCGACCCUGGCCUGGUCAACACGGUGCCACUGAACGCAAUUUGUUCACUAGCUAUGGCUAUCAGUCGUGAACUAGCCUCUAAUCGCAUGCUUACGCACACCAAGUGCCGAGUCUACGGUGCACGCGCGUGCAGAACGUCGUCGCUAGGCGGUGACUAAACCUUUCUGCAUAAGCCCCUAAUCGUGGUCGGCAGUCGUGACUCAACUUGUGUUGCUCUAGAGCCUCGCCCUGUUAGGAGGCGAUCUCAAAUGAAGUCGCCUGAGUACAUUCAUAUAUCCAAUUGCUUACGAUUGAGGUCAGUCGAUCUUUCCUCCCACGCGCAUUUCCUCUAUUUCAGGUCGUCAUUUGCCUGUGCAACAAAUGAACCUCGCCGCGUCGUCGCACCUUGGUUUUUUACGGUGUCCUAUGACAAGAAUCAACCCUGGUUUUUUGCUUUCCUUGUUCCUUUUUUGGGUUCUUAUCUUUCCCGAACACUUGUUCGCACGUGUACGCCGUCUCUCCCGCGCGUGUACUAA